AUGGACUCACCAACUAGAAGCGUAUCGCCAGCGCCAAAGAACAAGAAGGACAAGGCAGAUGAUAAGGAUGAUAGCGAAGAAGAGGACAUUCAUCAGCAGCUCAGUCGACUUCUUAGAAGAGAGGGACAUUUGUUUGCGAAACCCUCAAUGUUGGCGCUACCUCGGAGACCUCGACCUGCCCCGUCAAACACUCGAAUAAGUAAUCCUCUAAAGUCCCCGAAAGGAAGAAUACCUCCGCCACCUCCUAUCAUGGCCGUUCCCAGGACUCCCCGUCCUGGAAUACAGGUGAUGCCACCACAACCACCGCCUCCUCCUCCUCCCAUUGAUCGUUCUUCUACGCUCCCGGGUGAAUGGAUCAACCCUAACGAUCAUCCUCCGCCUCCUCCCCCGGUUUAUCCACAGACAAUUCAGCCGCCUCCACAGUCACCUUUGCCACCAGUUGUCAAGCCCGCUCAGACACAUUACACCAUCUCUGAGGACGCUAUAGGAGCUAGCAACAGAGAUAAACUUGCAGCGAUAGAUAAUGGACCUAUCAUGCCAAAAGGUGCCAAUGCUGGCAUCAAUAUCAAUAACUUCAACCACAGCUUGGCACCCCCCGUUCCCCCACCAGUCACCUGGAGAUCCUCCGGCCCAACUCGAGGCUAUCGCAUCCCAACCUUUACCAAGGCCAACAAGGAGCAAACAGAAGCACAAACAAGGCUUUUGGAACCAAAUCCCAUGCCUAUAGGCGCUACUGAGCUUCAGCAUGAAAGUGGGCCAUCAAAUGUGGGAAAGACAACUGAGGCCCAUGGACUUUCUCAAAUACAGGAGGAGGGGUCUCAUGACUUCGCCGACGUUACUGGAGAGGAUAUUUCUUCCCACCAGAUUCUUAAGAGAAUACCACCCUUCGAGAAGAUCUCAACUGGUCCCAUGGACUUGCCUGCCAAAGUUCAGCUCUUCUAUUGCUUAGAAAGAGUCGAGCCGGAAGACGACAGUGUCGACGAAAGAAGUCGGACUGUCUAUCUUUCUCCUCCUGAAUGGGUAGUUUUUGGCGACGAUGUCGACCUCAGAGGUCGAUUCCCCAUCACAGACCCUGGUGACUACGCCGAAGAACAAGGCGCAUCACUUAUCGUCUACAAGUAUUACUCCGUGGACUAUCAAUACGACGCGGUAAAUGCUGCCAAAAGAGCAAAGCAACCGCUUCCUGAACCAGAACCAGCCAGCCAGGAUGUGGUUCUAGUGACGGAGGAAAUGGUUGAGGCAGUCGAGGCCUUAUUUGAGCUUUUCCCUUCAAUGAGCGACGACUUUCCGUAUGUUUACGAGAUGGGCAGCUUGCAGGACCCUCACCUCUGGUGGUAUCACUGCCGAACUGGCUUCAAGAUGGAGGCACUGUCAGAGAGACACGCUCAAUUGGUUGGACUUCUCGUUGAAUGGAUCGAAAGUAACUUUGCACCACUUUAUGACCAAAUCGACGAUCAAUUCAAGAGAGGGAAGGUCUCGAGCGACUCCAUUGAGUUCCUAAUACGCCCAGGAGAUACCCUCGUCGCAGACAAGAACGGCAGAUACAGUGGACGCGUUGCUACCACUCGACCGGCACCUCAUAAGCAGAAGAAGAAAUCGGACGAUUCAGAUAAGGAACAAGAGAAACAGGGGACGCACACGUGGAUUGUGGAAACGCGCUCCUACGGAUAUGCAGGAAAGUUCUUUGCAGUCGAUAGGGAGCUAUUCAUUGACUUCCCACCCAAAUAUAGAGGCGGGGAAAUUAAUAUCACGGAUCUCAACGUUAUACCGUUGUCAUAUGCAAAGCCCAGGGUAAAAGAAAUAUUACGACAGCGAGGCAAGAGGUUUUGGAAACUGCGUGAGAAAACGCUCAUCUCAUAUGAAGGCAGUGAUUCUGAUAGGAUACAAGCGGGACAACGGUUUAUGGUGGACUUUGACACCUACAAGGAACUCCAUCCAGGAAGCAGUUACAUGAGACAAGAAGGUUAUAUAUCAGGUCGAAAGCCUAACUUGCCAAAAGAUGGAAGCGAGCCUGAGGAACCAGAGAUUUACCUGUUCCCUAAGCUGAUCCCGGGAUUUGACCUGCGACGUAAGAAAUGGGUUGAUCUCGAGGUCGAUCGAAUUCGAGACGUCAGCUGGAACAAGGAGGCUUUUAAAAGUCUCGUCGCGGACGAAGCCAUGAAGGAGCUGGUCCUAGCUCUAGUGACCAACCAACUCGAUGCCGAGAAAAACACAGAUCUUAUCGAAAGCAAAGGCAGCGGUCUCAUCAUGCUCCUGCACGGGUCCCCGGGAACAGGUAAGACAUUUACAGCUGAGUCUGUGGCAGAAAUCGCCAAGAAGCCUUUAUAUCCAGUUACGUGCGGAGAUAUUGGCACUGAGCCUGCAGACGUGGAGAAGUAUCUCGAAUCUGUGUUCCAUCUAGGCAAGGUUUGGGACUGUGUUGUACUUCUUGAUGAAGCAGAAGUUUUUCUUGAACAACGAACUUUACAAGAUUUGAAGAGGAAUGCUUUGGUGUCUGUAUUCCUUCGAGCGCUGGAGUACUAUGAAGGCAUCCUCAUCUUGACGACUAACCGUGUUGGGACAUUUGACGAGGCCUUCAAGUCACGUAUCCAGCUGGCUCUACGGUACGAGAAGUUGAAGGACUACCAGCGGUUACAGAUCUGGAAGAACUUCCUGGUAAGGUUGAAGAGUUUAGGUGAGGAGGAAAGUAUCGACUUUGAUGAUAUCGAAUUAUAUCUGGAAGAGUUGGCAAAGUAUCCUAUGAAUGGACGGCAAAUUCGGAACUCGAUCACGACGGGGCGACAGUUGGCCAAGUAUAAGAGGAAGAAGAUGACGUUUGCGCAUUUGAAGAGAGCGAUUGAUGUCGCGGAUAAGUUUGAUAGGUAUUUGGCUGAUGUACAGGAGGGUGAUAUGGAGGAGUUUAGUGGCAGGGGAGAAAGUGGACGAUAUACACCCGAGUAUCUUGCCAGGGCUGAUCAAAUCCGAUGA